CGCGGAGGCAGUGAGGGAGAGAUAAGGAGGAGGACGCAGAUGGCCAAAACAGCGAUGACCAAGCUCAAACGAAUAUGGCAAAAUCGCAAAGUCUCUAACGUCACGAAAAUGAGACUCGUCCGAACCUUAGUUUUCUCAAUCUUUCUCUACGGGGCAGAGUCCUGGACAAUUAAGGCAUCCGAGCGCAAGAAAAUAAAUGCAUUUGAAAUGUGGUGCUGGAGACGAAUGCUCCGAAUUCCGUGGACGGCCAAGAGGACAAAUAAAUCUAUCCUGGAUCAGCUUCGCAUCCGAGUCAGGCUCUCAACAAUCUGUUACCAGAGGAUCCUCAGCUACUUCGGUCAUAUUGCCCGCCGACAGUCAGAUAACUUGGACAAAGUGAUUGUGACGGGCAAAGUAGAAGGAAAGAGACCCCGCGGCCGAUUACCUAGCCGUUGGUGUGAUCAAGUAACCGCUCUAACUGGGUUGCCAGUCGCAACCGCCAUUCGAGCAGCUGAGGACCGGACGAGAUGGAAACAGCUCACGAGACAGGCAACGGUCAAGUUUCAGGGACACGACCUUCAGCAAUGAAGAAAGCGACGAAGAAGAAGAAGAAUUAAAGGACCACCCUGAAAUUGUCCACGGGCCGUUACGCAAGAUUCGCAGAUGGAGCAUGUGUUGUGUCCCUCGGUAACACAAGCGUGCUAUCAACUGUUGUGUCAAAAGCUAAACAAAAUCCCACUUCGUUCUUACCACUCACAGUUGACUACAGACAAAAAGCCGCAGCCGCAGGACGAAUUCCUACCAAUUUUUUUAGGAGAGAACUGGGUCCAUCAGAAAAAGAAAUUCUUACUUCACGAGUAAUAGAUCGUUCCCUACGUCCGCUCUUCCCGAAUAACUACAACUAUGAUACACAGAUAGUAUGCAACAUGUUGGCGAUGGAUGGAACGAAUUUGCCUGAAACAGUAGCUAUAAAUGCGGCAAGUGCAGCACUUGCACUUUCCGAUGUGCCGUGGAAUGGCCCUGUUGGUGCUGUUCGAUUAGGUCAAAUUGACAAUGAAUUAAUAAUAAAUCCAACACGUAAAGAAUUGGAGAAGUCUGUUUUGAACUUAAUCGUGACAGCUACCAGCAGUAAUCUAGUAGUGAUGCUGGAAGGUAGCGCCUCCGACAUCCUACAGCAGGAUCUACUCAAGGCCAUCAAAUUAGGAACCAAAGAAGCUCAACAAAUUGUGAGAGGGAUAGAGAAACUGCAGAAGGAUCAUGGUAAAAUGAAAAGAGAAUAUGAAAUUCAACCACCUCUAGAACAAAACAUUGUUGAUACUAUCAAAAUAUUAUCUUCUAUGAAAAUCAGAGAAAUAUUGAGUGACUUCACCCACGAUAAGACGUCCCGGGAUAACGCCAUAUCCGAUCUACGACAGACCGUGCUGAACCAGUUCCGGGACACGAACAUAGACGUGACCCGUCUCCAGGACUGCUUCAACGAGAACCUCAAGCAGAUAUUCCGCGAGAUGAUCUUCGAGACUGACACGAGAUGCGACGGCCGGCAUCUUGAUCAGCUCAGAGAUAUUAGCUGCCAGGUGUCGCUGUACGAGCCGCUCCACGGCAGCGCGGUGUUCCAGCGCGGACAGACGCAGGUGCUGUGCACCGUCGCCUUCGACUCGCCCGACAGCGCGCUCAGGGUGGACACGCUCACCAUGCUCACCAGCGGAAUCAAAGAGAAAAGUUUCUUCCUGCACUACGAAUUCCCGCCAUACGCAACCGGCGAGGUGGGUCGCACCGGAGCCCCAGGGCGCCGCGAGGCCGGCCACGGAGCCCUGGCCGAGCGGGGGCUGCUGCCCGUCGUGCCGCAACUACCCUACACCGUCAGACUUACAGCUGAAGUCUUAGAAUCGAAUGGAUCGAGUUCGAUGGCAUCGGUGUGCGGGGGGUCGCUGGCCCUCAUGGACGCGGGGGUGCCGCUGGGGGGGCCGGCCGCGGGGGUCGCCGUGGGGCUCGUCUCUAAAGCCGACGAGAACGGUCACAUGGCCGACUACAGGAUACUCACUGAUUUGUUAGGCAUAGAAGACUACAUGGGCGAUAUGGACUUCAAAGUGGCCGGCACGAAGAAGGGCAUCACGGCGCUGCAGGCGGACAUCAAGCUGGCCGGCCUGCCGCUCCGCGUCGUCAUGGAGGCCGUGCAGCGGGCUUGCGACGCCAAGGCCAAGAUCAUCGACAUCAUGAACCAAUGCCUCGACGCACCCAGCAGACAAGGAUUAAAAGAGAACAUGCCAGUGAUUGAAGAGAUCGAAGUGGAAGCUCACAAGCGGCCCAAGCUCCACGGGCUCGGCGGCUCCAACUUGAAGAAGCUUUACGUUGAGACCGGCGUGCAGGUGACGCCAGUGGACGAGACUAAGUACAGCGUGUUCGCGCCCUCCCGGCCCGCCAUGGACGAGGCCCGCUCGCGUAUGGCCUCCUGGCUCACCUCCGAGCGGACCCCAGAGCUGGAGUUCGGGGCCAUAUACAAGGCCAGAGUGGUCGAGGUCCGGGACAUCGGCGUGCUGGUCACGCUGUACCCAGGAAUGAGUCCGGCUUUAGUGCACAACACGCAGCUGGACCACAGGAAGAUAAUGCACCCCUCGGUUCUGGGGCUGGAAGUCGGCUCGGAGAUCCAGGUGAAGUACUUCGGGCGGGACCCCGUGUCGGGGCAGGUCCGCUUGUCCAAGAAAGUGCUAUCGUCGCCGCCGCCCGCCGUCGUCAGGAAUUUGGAUAAAAGUUAGAUCAGACUAGAUUUUAAAGGAGUUUUGUGCCUAAACUGUGUCCGAUAUAGUGUUUUUCGCGAAAUUUAUCAUAUGUUCCUGUAAAUAUAAAGUGUAUUGCUAUUAUUGUAUCGGAAACAAGGACCACCUUGCAUUGAAGCAAUUUUUUUCUCAUUUUUAACUUGCAAUUUCAAAGAUCAAACAAACACGGUGGUGUAUAUGAAGGAACACGUGUGUUAAAAAUCGUUAUGAAAACUAUGUAACUCGCGAAUUUUUUUGACGCAAUGUAACGUAAACUAAAUUAGGACGGGCGAGGUCAACGAACCACGAUGGCGUGACUAGGAGCGGCAAUGUACUGCGAAGACGCUAGUACGAGUCUCGUCGUCACAAAUUAAAUUUGAUUUGUAUUUGUUUGUUAUUGUAGUUUUUCGUCUCCAAAUAAAAUAAUAUAGAGCUUCUAUUUGCUUAGAACUUUUAGACCCUCGUCAGUCUCUUGUUUAUGCGCCCCACAGAGCCUAAUCUAUACACUAAUCUCCCCUAUAACACGGUAGCGCGUUGUAGGAGUGUUCUCGCAUAACGCGCUUGUAUGACCUCAUAUAACGCGUUACGUACAAAUGUACCUAAUAUAAUAUAUCCAAUAUUUAUACAAUCAAAAACUAUUAGCACAAAUUUAAUAAAUUAAUUUAAUUUAAUUUUAUACCAACACAAUCGACCCAAUGUGCAAAGGUACGCGAAAUUAAUUAUGGACUGUAAAAAUCAUUAUAAAUUUCACAGCACACAAAUAUUACGUGUGAAAUCACCGCAUUAUAUGCUCGAAUACCCGCGUUAUACGAGGGACUUAAAUCGCGUAAUAUGAACAUGCGCUAUAAGAGUACCGUGUUAUAAGGGGGGGGUCACUGUUCAUAUACUAAACAUUCAAAAGUCUAUUAAGAUAUCGAUAUACAAUCCUCAAAUCUUAAUAACAAAUUUCUACAUUAAAAUGAGUAAUCUGUUAUACCGCCGUUCGUUAGUUUUAUUUUUAUCGCCCUUGUAUGCAGACGAGCAUACGGCCCACCUGAUGGUGAGUGGUUACCAUUGCCCAUGGACUUCAGCAAUGCCAGGGGCAGAGCCAAGUCGCUGCCUACCGUUUUCGUCGCACACCAAAAAUGCACCACCUUUUUUGAGAGGCGUCAAGAGAAGUGCAACUUCAAGAAUGUAUGAAAAUUUAUGGUCAUUAUUUAUCCUUGGAAGGUGAAAUAAUUUAAUUAAUAUGGGCACUCUAACCUUGUACAGUUGUACAGCCCUGACUUGAAAUAAAUGAAGCCUCGGCAAAUAAAUAUCGUUCUUAAAUUGAAACAACCGUGCCUACAGUAUGAAAUUGAAUUUAGUUAUGUCAACUUCUGCUUACUCUAAAAAAAUCUCAAAUGUUGUCCUUAUGUUUUAAGAGUAAAACUUGUGGGGCCGUCCCCACCUCAAUACCUGAAGCUUGGACCGAACCUCAAUGAUGCCUCAAAGGACUCAAAGACGACACACACGCUGUGAUAUCUAUGGACAUAUUGACUCUUGUAUCGGUUAUUGUUGAACUUAGCCGCCUACAUCAUACGUAGGCAUAUAGUCCUUAUGCAUAUCUUCAGUCCAGUUUGUUUGUACAGACGUCGCUGCUGUGGUCCAUUGACUGUACAUCUUUGAACGAUACGAUUUUGUAGCUGUAUGUAUAUUUAAUGUUUACGAAUAUUUAUAUAAGUUGAAUAUUUCUGUUAGCCACUUAAUUAUUACUUUAAAUGUUAUUUGUUAAAUUUCGACUCCAAAUUAUACGUAUUAUUUUACAUUUAAUA